AUGGGGAAGAAAUGGCGAUGUAUUUACCGUGAAAGCGCAAACCUGAGUUUUCUUGGCUUGAACUCAACCAAGUUCUUGGAGGACCCCGAGGAGCUCGAUGGGAAGCCGGACAGACGGUUACCCUCCCAUAAGAAGUUACCACUUCAAAGAUAUAAUUAUGAUUGGGUGAAUGUCAUCGUUCCGUCAGCGGGCGGGCGCGGCGGCGGGUCGGACGAGGAGCGGCGCGCGUGCGACGACGACAUGUGCUCCGAGACGUCCGGGGCCGGGCCGGGCGUGGGGCCGGGCGUCGGGCCGGGCGCCGGCGGGACUCCCACCGACGAGCUGCUGGCCGAGGCGGCCAUGCGGACCGCGCUCGCCGCGGAGAAGCAGGCCGAGGCCGUCGCGCAGGCCGUCGACCUGCUGAGGGACCUCGUGCAGCUGCUGGCCGAGGCGGCCAUGCGGACCGCGCUCGCCGCGGAGAAGCAGGCCGAGGCCGUCGCGCAGGCCGUCGACCUGCUGAGGGACCUCGUGCAGCUGCUGGCCGAGGCGGCCAUGCGGACCGCGCUCGCCGCGGAGAAGCAGGCCGAGGCCGUCGCGCAGGCCGUCGACCUGCUGAGGGACCUCGUGCAGCUGCUGGCCGAGGCGGCCAUGCGGACCGCGCUCGCCGCGGAGAAGCAGGCCGAGGCCGUCGCGCAGGCCGUCGACCUGCUGAGGGACCUCGUGCAGCUGCUGGCCGAGGCGGCCAUGCGGACCGCGCUCGCCGCGGAGAAGCAGGCCGAGGCCGUCGCGCAGGCCGUCGACCUGCUGAGGGACCUCGUGCAGCUGCUGGCCGAGGCGGCCAUGCGGACCGCGCUCGCCGCGGAGAAGCAGGCCGAGGCCGUCGCGCAGGCCGUCGACCUGCUGAGGGACCUCGUGCAGCUGCUGGCCGAGGCGGCCAUGCGGACCGCGCUCGCCGCGGAGAAGCAGGCCGAGGCCGUCGCGCAGGCCGUCGACCUGCUGAGGGACCUCGUGCAGCUGCUGGCCGAGGCGGCCAUGCGGACCGCGCUCGCCGCGGAGAAGCAGGCCGAGGCCGUCGCGCAGGCCGUCGACCUGCUGAGGGACCUCGUGCAGCUGCUGGCCGAGGCGGCCAUGCGGACCGCGCUCGCCGCGGAGAAGCAGGCCGAGGCCGUCGCGCAGGCCGUCGACCUGCUGAGGGACCUCGUGCAGCUGCUGGCCGAGGCGGCCAUGCGGACCGCGCUCGCCGCGGAGAAGCAGGCCGAGGCCGUCGCGCAGGCCGUCGACCUGCUGAGGGACCUCGUGCAGGUGCGUGCGCCCUACACUACGCGAGCUGCUGGCCGAGGUACCAUCCCGUUAAGUUUUACAGGAGAAUGGCAGGGUGCUAUGGGAGUUUUGUACAGGGCCAAGAGGGCCAUGGCCCAAGGCGACGGGAACCAUGUAAAGGCAUUCGUUAUUAACCUAAUUGUUAAAUACGCCCCUGGUUCACAUCACUUACUUUCUAUGGUGUUUCGAUACCAUAAUACAUGA